CUUGCAGUCGUACAAGGCCAUCCUGUGUUUGUUUCCGGAAGGCAAAAGGUGCCGCAAAACAUGUUCCAGGCUGGGUUUAUUCACUACCCGAAGCAGCAGGAAUGUGCUGUAGAUAUCUUACAGCAUAUGGAGGAUAAUGGCGUGUGUCCGGACGACGAGAUGGGACGGAUGCUGCACGCGCGCUUCGGCGGAGACGGCCACCCCGUCCGCAAGUUCCAGCGCAUGCUCUACUGGAUGCCGAAGUUCAAGCACAUCAGUCCGUUCCCGCUGCCGCGCGCGCUGCCCGACGACCCCGCUGACCUCGCCGUCCUCGCGCUGCGCCGCAUCGCCGUCGACGCCGAAAACAAGAUCGACGUGUACAGGGAGGACGACCUGCCUGACUCGGCAGUCGAUCGAACGUUCGUCGUCACCGCGCAAGCGCCCGAGCAGAUGAGACUGAUCGCCCGGCAUCCGACAGACGUUCCUGUGUUUGUAGAGGGCGCGUUCAAGCUGUGGCUGCGUAACAAGUGGGUGCACUACUUUGUGCUGAAAGCCGACCCGAAAGAGGAGGACGCUACGCGCAGGAAACGCACACAAGAGGAAGAAGAUGCGGAAGAUCCGUCCGACUGGCAGCUGUUCUUCGAGGAGACAACGAGGCGGCAGGAAACGGCAGCAGCGCUGGUUGCCGCGGCGACCGUACACGAGCAGGAGGACGGCUGCGUGCUCGCGCUGUGCGUGACGGGCACGAACAGCCGCGACUCUCUCGCGUCCUGGCUCAAGCUGCUGCAGCGCGACAACCCGGCCCUCGCCGCCAUACCCGUCGUUUUCCGGCUUCGCAGCGCCGCCGCCGAGCUGCAGACCGUCGACGACGCAUCAUCGCAGCAUCCCGCGAGCGUCGUCGAGGCGACGACGUGACUGGGCUUCCUGAUUCACUUGUCCGUCCGCGAGCGAGAUAACGAUAACGAUGACGAUGCCCUGCUGCCUGGGAUGUUGUCGCUAGCUCAGUCAAGCUCACUUGGCGUGUACGCACUCGUGUUUCUCACGGGCUCACGCCAAAAUGUCUACUCGAUCUGUGGUACUUUGUUGCUGAGGAUUGUCUUUCGAGUGUGCCGUCGCGACAAUGAUUUGCUAGUGGUGCUCGUCACUCGUGCAAAGCGCGUAGUUUUGUUCGAGUCAGUUCAGAGCAACAUCGUCAUUAACUAUCAAGGUUUCGGUGCUGUCCCAGGCAUGAGAGAUAUUUGGCUGAGUGAAGCUGUCAUUGGCGAAGAUGUGCAUGGUAAUCUGAUGUCUUGGAAACUCAGUGAAAUGUGCUCCUGAAUGUUCUAUAUGAGUACAAAAUGCACUAAAAGUGCAAAUGAAGUACACUGUGAGAAUAGACAGAAGAUACAGAUGAAUAGUGGCAGAUAUGGGAUUGUGCAUGAAAUAAGUUUGUCAGCCUACUCAUGCAGCCUGUUGUAGGGAUGACUGUAGUAAUAGAUUACAGGCAUUGCAUGUGCAUGCAGCGAGCAGAAUUAGCUAAAUGUGAUUAGGAAGAAGAAGACAAAUAACAAGUAGAUUGUAGAAAAAUUCAAUACUAGGAAUUGUGAGUGUAACUUAGCGGGCUCCAGGAAAGAGUUCCUGCAGAACUUGUUGGCUUGUUAGCGAAAACAAGUAUUGUUUUUCGACGUUUGUUUUAUGGUUAAUAAUGUUAUAUAAUGGUGAUUCAAAUAAUAUACAUGUUUCAUUCAUUAUUAUUCAUUACAA